CGCGGCACUGCCGGGUUUGAGCGUAGCCAAACCUCCUCACCGUUUUUAUUACCCGAUUCUCUGUGUUUUGCUCCCGUCUCCGACGAGAGAGGCGGCGACGGUGGCGUCUGCGACGGGAGACAGCGCGUCGGAGCGAGAAAGCGCCGCGCCUGCCGCCGCCCCAACAGCGGAGGCGCCGCCGCCAUCGGUCGUCACCAGACCGGAGCCGCAGGCCCUCCCGAGCCCGGCCAUCCGUGCCCCGCUCCCAGAUCUCUACCCAUUUGGGACCAUGCGCGGAGGAGGCUUUGGGGACCGGGACCGGGACCGGGACCGUGGCGGAUUUGGAGCAAGAGGUGGCGGUGGACUCCCUCCGAAGAAAUUUGGUAAUCCUGGGGAGCGUUUACGUAAAAAGAAAUGGGAUUUGAGUGAGCUCCCCAAGUUUGAGAAAAAUUUUUAUGUGGAACAUCCAGAAGUGGCAAGGCUGACUCCAUAUGAAGUUGAUGAGCUACGCCGAAAGAAAGAGAUCACAGUGCGAGGGGGAGAUGUUUGUCCUAAGCCUGUCUUUGCCUUUCAUCAUGCUAACUUCCCACAAUAUGUAAUGGAUGUGUUGAUGGAUCAACACUUUACAGAACCAACUCCAAUUCAGUGCCAGGGAUUUCCACUGGCUCUUAGUGGCCGGGAUAUGGUGGGCAUCGCUCAAACAGGCUCUGGGAAGACAUUGGCGUAUCUGCUGCCUGCAAUUGUUCAUAUUAACCACCAGCCAUACUUGGAAAGGGGAGAUGGCCCAAUCUGUCUAGUUCUGGCUCCUACGAGAGAACUUGCUCAGCAAGUACAGCAGGUGGCUGACGACUAUGGCAAGUGUUCAAGAUUGAAGAGUACUUGCAUUUAUGGAGGUGCUCCUAAAGGCCCCCAGAUUCGAGACUUGGAAAGAGGUGUUGAGAUCUGCAUAGCUACUCCUGGGCGCCUGAUCGAUUUCCUAGAGUCAGGAAAGACAAACCUUCGCCGCUGUACUUACCUUGUUCUGGAUGAGGCCGACAGGAUGCUUGAUAUGGGCUUUGAGCCUCAGAUCCGUAAAAUUGUUGACCAAAUCAGACCUGAUAGGCAGACAUUGAUGUGGAGUGCAACCUGGCCAAAAGAAGUAAGACAGCUUGCAGAGGAUUUCUUGCGUGAUUAUACUCAGAUCAACGUGGGCAAUCUGGAGUUGAGUGCCAACCACAACAUCCUUCAGAUCGUGGAUGUCUGCAUGGAAAGUGAAAAAGACCACAAGUUGAUUCAACUGAUGGAGGAAAUAAUGGCUGAAAAGGAAAAUAAGACCAUCAUAUUUGUAGAGACAAAGAGACGCUGUGAUGACCUCACUCGAAGGAUGCGCAGAGAUGGUUGGCCAGCUAUGUGUAUCCAUGGAGAUAAGAGUCAACCAGAAAGAGAUUGGGUACUUAAUGAAUUCCGUUCUGGAAAGGCCCCCAUCCUCAUUGCCACGGAUGUAGCCUCCCGUGGGCUAGAUGUGGAAGAUGUCAAGUUUGUCAUCAACUAUGACUAUCCUAACAGCUCAGAGGAUUAUGUGCACCGUAUUGGCCGAACAGCCCGAAGCACCAACAAGGGCACCGCUUAUACCUUCUUCACCCCAGGGAACCUAAAGCAGGCCAGAGAGCUGAUCAAAGUGCUUGAAGAGGCCAAUCAGGCUAUCAAUCCAAAACUGAUGCAGCUGGUGGACCACAGAGGAGGCGGCGGAGGAGGGGGUAAGGGAGGUCGCUCUCGAUAUCGGACCACUUCUUCAGCCAACAAUCCCAAUCUGAUGUAUCAGGAUGAGUGUGAUCGGAGGCUUCGAGGAGUCAAGGAUGGAGGCCGGAGAGACUCUACAAGCUAUCGAGAUCGUAGUGAGACCGAUAGAGCCGGUUAUGCUAAUGGCAGUGGCUAUGGAAGUCCAAAUUCCGCCUUUGGAGCACAAGCAGGCCAAUAUACCUAUGGUCAAGGCACCUAUGGGGCAGCUGCUUAUGGCACCAGUGGCUAUACGGCCCAGGAGUACGGUGCUGGCACUUACGGAGCUAGCACUACCACCUCAACUGGGAGAAGUUCACAGAGCUCUAGCCAGCAGUUUAGUGGGAUAGGCCGGUCUGGGCAGCAGCCACAGCCACUGAUGUCACAACAGUUUGCACAACCUCCAGGAGCUACCAAUAUGAUAGGUUACAUGGGGCAGACGGCCUACCAGUACCCCCCUCCCCCUCCUCCCCCUCCGCCUUCUCGCAAAUGAAGCCGAUUGAGGUGGGGUGACUUGUGCAGACUUAAUUACAUUUAAAGGAACACCAACUUCCCUUUUAUUUUCUUUCUUCCCUUUUUUUUUUUUUUUUUUUUUUUAUUUUUGUCUCCCAACCAUUGUGAUUUGCCCUUUCAUGCAGAUUAGUUAGAAUUCACUGUCAGGUUUCUUCUGCCUGCCAAAAUGGUCCAGUCUGUAAUAACAGAUUUUGUAAAAAGUAUAUAACCGACUGGAAGAGAUUAAUUUCUUCCCCCAACUUUGCAUGUUGAGGAUAUUUGAGCUAUUUUUCAUUUUAAAAGAAAAAGGUAUUAGGAGCCAGUUUUUCCUUUUGUGGGAGCCAGUUUUUCCUUGUCCCGAGUUGGUGGGGAGGGAAGGGGGGUCUGAAUUGUUCUGCAGAAGAAAAUGGCAUCUGCUGUAAAUGCUCUCAUCCCUGGGUUAGAAAACCAAGAGGGGUUUCCUUGCACAUUUUCUGUGGUGGUUUUUAACAUUUCUCCAGUGGGGCCCGGCUCCUCAGUUUUUAAGACAGUGCUUUGCUCUUGUCAUUUUGGCUCAUGAUGGCUGAAGUGCAUUUGAAGUUAAAAUUUCCUAGUUGGUUUUGUGUCCCUUACACUCUGCCUCCCCUUGCUCCUAUCCCAGUUACUGGAAAAAUAGCCAGUUUAGUGUCAGUUUAGAAAUUGAAUUGCUGAGUCUACCUAUAUCUUUUAAGUUAACUGCAAGCAUUUCUCACGCUGGCUAAACUGUAGCAUCUCAGCAUCUGGGUAAAAGCUACCUGUGUUUCUUGCCCAUAUAACCAGGGACCAUCUGUGAAAUUGAUUAUCUAGCCAGACAGCUGCUGUGAGCAAAUGAACAUAAAUGCUCACUGGAAAUUUACUUUAUUAAACAGUUGAGUCUGCAUUCGCCAGCAGUGUAAGAAGCUUCUUUAUUUAUAGUAUACUCAAAAUGGCCAGAUUUUGAAGCUCAGUAUUUAUAGUGGUAGAGUAAGCAGCUCUUUGCCAGCCUCUCUACCCCUGUGGCCAAGUUUUCUUGAGCAAAAACUAAACCCCUCCAGUCUCUUCCUUUUAUCCUCUGCAGUGCUGUGUAACAGCCCUCUGGGUGCAUAAUGUCCCCUGCAUCCUUCUGCACUUAGCUCUUCACAGGUAGGUAGUGCUUAGGAAAUGUCUGGAGGAUGAGAGUCUUAAGUUUGUUUCGUUUGUUUUUGGUUUUGUUUUUUGAAUUUCCUCUGAAUGAAGGUAGGUGAAUUCAUCCCCUUAGUAGUACUGCUUUGCUGAGACUUAAUAGCAGGUGAACCUAGAAAAGAUUUUCUGCUCUUGGUUCACUGUAAACAGGAAGGGCAAUCAGACAGUCCCAGAACCCUUUUGGAGAUCCAGUGUGAUGGGAUUGUUUUUAUUCUGGUACUGGUAUUGUUUGCACACAGUGGAAUUAAGGGAGGAUGCUCUACUGUGUUCUUCGUGGCCUGAGAGUGCUUGCUAGUUUAUAAGGUCUAAGUAUUGAAAUACUUCAGAUUUUUUGCUUUUGUUUUUGUUUUCCCUUUAAAAUCCUUCAGGGAGAGAGAAGGGAUGGUUUCUGAGGGGUUCUGACAGUAUGAUUCAGUGUGCAACAUACAGGUAGGUUAUCAGCAUAAGCUGAAAUGUAUGCAUGUUAAAGCCUUUGACAUCCUUUCUUGUUUUUCACCUCCUUUUUCCUUUCCUUUUGUUCCCCCAUCUUAAAGAGGUGGAGGCCAAGGGAGGAUGGUAGGAAUAGAAGAAAUGUGGCAAAACUGCUCUCUGCUUUCAAAUUUUAAACCAAAGUACUAUAGCUGCCACCACUACCCACCCCACCGCCUCCAAAAAAAGUGUCUCUUAGGUACUGACAAGUCUGUUGUGGACAUUUCUUUCUACAACCAAUUUCUGAUAUAUUUUUCUUUAAACCUAGAGAUUCUACUACAGGAGAUGUCCUCCUCAAUGCAGCUCCUACAAAUAUUUCAGGGCAAGGUCUCGGUGUGCAAGCAGCAUCUGGAGUGCUUGCUUCCCCUUUCCUUCAGGGACAUUGUAAUUAACAAAAUAACAGCAAAUUCCAAAUUUCCAGGGCUUCUGUGGUCUGAGCACAGCUGAAAAUCUAGCAGUUUUUCCUGUUCACUCUAAGGUAACUUCCACGUCCAUGUCGUAAUUCAGGUUCUGCUCUUCAGAACAUGAGCAGACAAGUCUUGAUGCCAUUCGUGGUUGAAACUUACUUGGGCAGAGGGUUUCAGUAUUAAGCUAUGGGCUGCUUCUCCCCAGUCCCUCCCUUGCAAUUCAUUGUGCGGACUUCUUUCGUCUAAAAGGUUGGUGGCUUUUGCUUGGGAUCAGUGCUCUCUACUCAUAUCCUUGCUGGUCUCUAAACACAUUCCUGUUGCAUUAAGACUUGAAAGAUUUGUAGAUGUGUGAUGUUCAGGCACAGGAUGCUAAGAGCUAUGUUACUAUUCUUAGUUUGUAAAUUGUCCUUUUGAUACCAUCUUGUUUUCUUUUGUAGGUAUAAAUAAAAAUACUGUUGACAA